AGUAGAUAAAAUUAGAAAAAUUUUGGAGCCACAAGUGAGUGAUAAAGAGAUUGUAGAGUAGAGAUGAUGGUUGCAAGGAUAACAUUCCGGCCACCGGAGUUGACCAAAAAACACCAUAACCCACUGAUUUCUGUUACUAAAAGAAUAGCAACUUGUAUAUGUUGCACAACCACAACAAAACCUGAGAUUGAAGUAGAGUUCAUUGGGUCAAAAGCAGAUGAAAAUGGCAACUACCCUAUGGAUAAAACAAAAGCAGUAAGUGGUGAGAAGCUGCUGAGGAACAUCAUGUCAGAGAAUAAGAUAGAGUUGUAUGCUGCAUAUGGAAAGGUGAUGAAUUGUGGAGGCGGUGGAAGCUGUGGUACUUGUAUUGUGGAGAUUAUACAAGGAAAGGAGGUACUGAAUGAGAGAACAAAUACAGAACUCCGGUACCUAAAGAAGAAACCUGAGUCAUGGAGAUUGGCUUGCCAAACUAUAGUUGGAAAUAAGGAAAACUCUGGGAAGGUAGUGGUACAGAGGUUUCCUCAAUGGAAGAAGUGAUAAUAGAUGAACUGUGAACACCGAGAGUAUAAAUCUCUUGAAACUAGAUAAAUCAUCGGCGCUGGUGAAGUACCUAAAUAAGCAUAUUGAUGAUUAGUCGACAUUGUUUUCAACUGACUACACUCUCAAGAAUAUUUUAUUUUAUAAUACAAAGAUGAAUUGUAAUAGUUUUUUAGUCCUACAACCAAAAAUAUUUAAUUCUAACUCUUAAUACAUUUUAUUAUUUAUUCUUCGUUUUA